AUGCCUUCUGAAGCCACCAUCACCACCCCUCUCGCUGCAGGCGUCAAAGAAGAGGCCGUUAUUGCCUCCCUUCAUAACCACGAUGUCUACAUCAAAGUCACCUGCCCCCAGCUUAUCGACUACAAGAAGGUUUCGGGCGGCGAACCAGCCAUCGGCGAGACCUGUGUCUACGAAGUGACCGACAAACGGCCGAUCGGCGAAACGACAUUCCAAUUGACCCUCGUUAACCAACCCAAGGGUAUCGAUGCCACCGUGGACGGAAAGGCCCCGGCUGGUUCCAUCCACAUCGAGAGCAAGUGGUCCGUCACCUCCGGCCGGAUCGAGGAGAACAUUGCCAUCGAUAGCAAUGCGAUCAUGAAGAGGAUGAUCAAGGGCAGUGUCGAAAAGAGUCACCCUGAGCAUCACCAAAGUUUCGUUCAGGCAGCUCAAGCGUGA